AUGCCGAGCAGCGAGGACGCUGUGCGCCCCACCAACACGUGGACGCUGGAGGAGUUCGGCGACCUGGUGACGGCCUGGGAGCUGGCGGCCUCGCGCCCGCGCGACAGCAACUCGCAGACGCUGCACGACGCCGUGUUCAAGCACUUCGUGGCGCUGCGCGGCGGCUCCACGCGCCGCAACAAGGCCGCGCUCACCAGCAAGCGCAGCGCGCUCAAGUUCUCGUACCUCUACGUGCGCGACUUCGACGCGGCCCAGCGCGCGGCCAAGCAGCCGCCCUUCUUCGCGCUGCCGGCCGCGCGCCGCCUCGAGCUGGCCAGGGACUGGAAGCAGCAGAACUCGAGCGUCGUGGAGCUCACGCCGGCCAUGUUCCAGGCGCUCGCGCGCAUCCAGCCGGCCCCCGUGGCCCGGCCCACCAGCAGCCCGUGGUCCACCGAGGAGAUGAUGCAGCUGGUCAAGGCCUGGGGCAUCGCGGCCCAGGCCGUGUGCGACAGCACGAGCAACGAGCCCAUGUCCAUCGUGCACGAGACGUUCCGGCACUUCGAGCUGCUGCAGGCCGGCGGCAACGUGCGCAACCUGUCGGGCCUGGCCACGCGCCGGCGCGUGCUCAAGCAGUCGUACUCGAGGAUCUCGGCCUUCGACAAGAUCCAGGAGAUGAACGGCGACCCCAAGUUCACGGACCUGCCCGCGGCCACGAGGCAGAACGUCAUGCGCUCGUGGAAGAACGCCAACCUGCUGGACCUGUCCAAGGAAAUGUACGCGGAGCUGGACAAGGUCAUCUCGCUGGACACGCGCGCGGUCGCGCUCGAGGACAUGCGGCGCGCGAGAGCCGGCAACGCCAAGAUCUCCAACGCGAAGGGUGGGCGCAAGCCUGGCCGACCGUCGAAGCGGCAGCGCGGGAUGAGGUUUCUGCAGGACAGCAAGGAGGACGACGAGGACUCGAGCAGCGUCUUCUCGUCGCAACCGCCGAGCGUCGUCGACGACAGCGAAGAGGAGAAGGCCGCGAUCCCCAUGAUGGUAAUUCAAAGCCGCGUGCAGGCCGACAGAGAAGAGAAAACGAGCGAGCCGGCUGCUAAUGAGAAGGCCCCUACUACUGCUCCGGUCGCUGCUCCAAAGUCUUCCGGCCCAGUUACUGGAUUGAAUCGCAACGAAGAGAAAACGCCCGCUGUUGCUGACAAAGCGAAGAAAGCGGCCCCUUCAGUGUCGAGCAAGAAUUCCGUGCCGGAGAAGGCACCGAAGCCUCCAACCAUCUCUGUCGAAGUUGCCGAUGCGAUUAAGCCUGCUGUACCGAAGACUGCUGAAGCUGACAAGAAAGAAGACCCCAGUACUAGCGCUGUGCCCACGACGGUGCCGAAGGGACCCGGACGAGGAGGACACAGAAAGCGCAAGGUGAACCCUGAUGGGCCGAAUGGCCACUUGUGGGAGAACAGAGAGCUCGACAUUCUUAUCAAAGCUUGGGAGAAGGCAGCGAUUCUCGUGUGCAACAGCGACCCCGCUGAACGAUUGUCGCUCAACAGGGAAAUGUACCGUGAGUUCGUAGAGAUGCAGGGUGGAUCGUCAGUGCGAAACAGUACAGCCCUCGCAGCGCGGCGGAGCUCGUUGAAGUUUUCCUACGCGCACAUCAAGUCGUUUAACGAGUCGCAGAAGGCGAAGGGCGAGCCGUCAUACCAUGAAAUCCCUGAAGGCACUCGAAUGACACUGCUGCGCUCUUGGAAGAACCGCAACUCGGUUGACCUGACGAAGGAGAUGUAUGAUGGGCUGGGGCGUAUCCUUGCUAUGGACGAAAAGCUUGCUGAGAUCCGAAGUCUCCGCCCACCUCUUCCUCCACCCGAGAAGAUGGCCAAGAGCCCGAGGGACUCCGCGGAUGCCAGGUCAGCAGCAGACAGCGUUUCGAGUACGGCAAAGUGGUCGAUUGAGGAGUCGUCCGAUUUGAUCAAGGCGUGUGCAGAUGUGAUGAAUGUUCCGUCGGACAAGGAGCAGACAGCCACCGAACGCGAGUCUUUGAUCUACGACGCUUUUGUGGCUCGCCGAAAGAACGCAGGAGACACAGAUACUCCGAUCCGACGGGACUUGAAGGGAAUGGCGCAGCAGUGGCGGUACAUUCUUGCUUCGUACUCCUACAUCAAGGCGUGCAAUGACAACCGCGCUGAGGCCGACAGUCCGACGUGGUUUGACAUGUCCCCCGUGCAGAAGCGAGCGUACCAGCAGUGCACGAACGUCCCGCUGAGGUUUGUGGACCUCGACGCCGAUAUGUUUGCGUUGGUCACUGAGACCUCGUUUGUGGGAGUGGCGGCUCCGGCUCCUGCUCCGACGUUGCCGUCGCCUGGAGCGAGAAGCACAUCGGACGGUAUUUCUCUUCGUCCUCGCUCAACCCGCAAGAGGACGGAGGCGUUUUGGUCGUCAGACUCGGAGUCUUCAGUGGUGUCGUCACACACGAGGCGUGCCAGCAAGGACUUUACAGCACCCGUGGCGAAGAAGGGCAACAACUGGCCGGUGAAGGAGUUGUGGAAUUUGAUUCAGGCCUGGGAAGAAGCGGCGGGGGCGUCGAAGAGUGGCAAGCUGACCGCUGCCCUGGAUGCGACGUUUGACAAGUUUACGAAGCUACAGCAGGGCCCUUCCAAUCGGAGUCGGUCUAUCCACAGCGUUCGGAACAAAAUGAUCGCAUUGAAGUCCUCGUUCGCAGGCAUCUCGGAGUUCAUUGCUGAGCGAGGCGAUAGUGCUGCGUGGUUCGAGAUGACGCCGGACCAGAGAUUGGCUGAGAUUCGUGGCUGGAAGAACAAGACGAUCAUGGAUCUCAACAAGCAGAUGUUCGAUGCGCUGGCGCGAAUUCUCCACAGGAAGACAAGUGGGGCGUACGAGAAGCCUGGGAAGCGUAAGGGGGGAAGACCGCCGAGGUCUUCACCUGGUGGAGCCGAUGCGAAGGAGCAUGACGAUAAAGGGCACUCAGGGCAGAAACCGGAGAAGUACGUGGCUGCGAGCUGGAGCAAGGAAGAGCUGCUUCUGCUUGGCGAAGCGUGCGGCGAAUUGCUGGAGGGUCGGCGGACGCGGCGUUAUGUCUUCGAGGAAGAGAAAGAUCGGCUAUACCGUCGCUACGAGGACCUUGGAGGCACCAACUCCUUGGCGGCGGUUGUCGGCCUUGCACGGUUUGUGCUGGACUCGUACGAGUUCAUCUACUUCUACGACCAGAAGGCAGCCGAGACCAACUCGUUGUCCUGGUUCGAGCUUGAUCCGUCCGACCGAGACUCUAUUGUGGCGAGAAUGAGCAGGGCAUACCGCAGCUUCAACGGCUUGAACACUGUCGACAAAGAAAUCUACGACGUUAUUGACGCCAUCGAUGCCGAGAUUCGCUUGAAGCUGGGUGAGACGAAGAAAAAGACGUACAAGCCCCCGAAUGACGCGUCUUCCUCGCGUUACGUCGACAUUGAAGUCGUCGUCGACCGCUGCACCUUCAUCAAGCGAACACGCCCGGCCCUCAAGACUCCAGUCGCCCCAGCAGUCCCCACGCAAGUGCCCGAGCCUGCAUCAGACGCAGACGCGGAUUCGUCUUCUUCGGAAUCAUCGGACGACGAAGCUGCCAGUGACUCGAGUGCUCCGUCAGUAGUCGUGAGGCCUCCUCCGGUCACGCAGCAACCAGCGCCACCUCCGUCUCGGAAACGCGCUCGGGACGUCGACACUUAUGUCGGUGCUGGUAGUUUCUCGACCUUGUGCAUCGCGGAGAUCAUCCAGCAGCAGAGCACCAAACUGGAAGCCGCCGUGAAGCGUUUCCGCAAGGAUAGCGCGGACGCGCGCAAGGAGCACCACGCGUUCCUGUUGCAGAAGAUUCAAGACAGCUUCCCGGUCGACUCGGGCAACGGCUCGUUCUUGGAGCGUGUUGCUGAGCGCCAGGGACAGACUUUGGUGGAUAUCUUCCAGCGACUUCAGGAGCAGCGCGAUGCCGAGAGAGCGAAGGACGAGGAGCUGAUGCGUCAGUUGUUUGGCCGCACCACUGGCCGGACUUAA